AUGAAUUAUCUAAUCCGCUUCGUGCAAGUGCAUGAAUCAUUUCGUCAGCCGGAGAUCGAAGCUCUAGCGGCCUUGAAUGACAUCGAUCUCAAGUGGGUUUUCUACAGCAAAGAUGAUGAAAAGUCUGCAAAAGAGCUCAUCUUUCGCUCCAUCUCCUGUAAAUCGAUUCACGAAAUCUGGGGCCACGGGAACACCUACCCAUCUCUAUAUGCCUCCACCGAAUCACUCUCACGACACUUGUGGCCCAUCUAUGGCCAAUCCUCAUUCCGCUUCCGCUUUGACGACUACCAAGGUUCGCGUUCCUGGUCCUCCGGUCGAGAGAUCAUACAAACAUUCUCCUACCUCAAUCUCCAGGGUCCAGUCUCCAUGUCAUCCCCUGAACAAACAUUCACAGUCUUUGAACAAUUCGAAAAGGACGCUUCUGAGCCGAACAGGCUCUUUAUAGGUCGGUUCGUUGGUGGCAGCUCGAGGACAGAGAUACUGGCUAAGUAUACGCUCAAGAAGCGGGAGUAUAUAAACACUACAUCUAUGGAUUCAGAGCUUGCUUUCCUGACCGCUAAUAUAACUUGUGCCGCCCCUGAUAAGUUGUUCUAUGAUCCGUUCGUGGGCACCGGUAGUCUUCCAAUCGCUUGUGCGCACUUUGGAGGGUUGACUCUCGGUUCUGAUAUCGACGGGAGAAUGGUCAGGGGUACAGCGGACAAGAAUAUUGGAACGAAUUUCCAGCAGUAUGCUUUGACCGGGCGGUGGAUGGGAGGGAUCAUUUCGGACUUGACUAAUACGCCCUUAAGGACCAGAGCUAGGUGGCUGGACGGUAUCGUAUGUGACCCACCUUACGGAGUUCGGGAGGGAUUGAAAGUACUGGGGAGCAAGAAGGAGGGUAAGGGCAGGGAAGUUCAAUACAUCAACAGAGAAGCAGCACAUCUUCAGGACGACCACAUUCCGCCCAAACGCGCGUAUAGCCUCACGGCGAUCCUGGACGAUAUCCUCCACUUCGCUGCCCUGACGCUUCUCGAUAAUGGUAGGAUUAGUGUCUGGAUGCCUACAUCGAACGAUGAACAAGGCAACCUAGACGUACCGAGCCAUCAGGCUUUGGAGCUGGUAGCGGAGUGCGAGCAGGUGUUCAAUAAAUGGUCGAGAAAGUUAUUGACUUAUCGGCGGAUCCCGGGACUAGAUGCUGGAGAAAAUCGACAAAGUGUGAGAAAGGCUGCAGGCGGGCAUGCAAAUGACCUGAACGUAUUCAGGAAAAGAUAUUUUGAGGGCUUCAAAAGCGUCAAUGAAGAAGCUGCGCAGGGAAGAGAGUUGUAG